UGCUCCUCACUUUUGUUUCACCCCUUCGGAAGUGCCAUUAAAAGGCGCAAAAAUGCCGUCUGUUGACUUUCAGUUUCAGAAAGCUUUGUUUUCUACUAUCACAUUCUUUACACGUACAACACAGGAUAUUAGUGUAGUAUUUCUUGUAAAUCAUCGGACAGUCAACCUGCUCUGAUUUCCAAAACAAAACGAAGAAUCUUGUACAAUCUACGUUUUUUUUUUGCUAACAACAAAAUGAACACAUCCUAUGUUCUUGCGUGUUUGCUUUUAGUUCCAACAUCUGUUUUAACAGGUUCUCACUCUUUAAUGUUGCUUAUCACAUACAUUAAAGGAGAAACACCAUUUCCUGUAUUUAGUGUCAUAUUUGUGUUGGAUGACAUCACAGUAGGAUAUUAUAAUUCAGAGACAAAGAUCUAUGUCGCAAGAGGAAAUACUACAAAUGAAGAUGAUGUAGUGGAUCCAAAUCACCUCAGUACUAUAAGUGACUAUCUACGUGUUCAUUUAAUGAGAAGAUCAAAUCAUCUGAGACCUGCCAACAACACAGAAAGUCAUGUAGUUUAUCAGGUGCUGGGUCUUUGUGAACAGAGAGAUGAUAAACGUACACAAAUGAUCACCAAAAGUGCUUUUAGAGGCUCUACGACUGACGAACUGCGUUUUUUUGAUGGCAAAUUCACAUAUCAGGGUACUUUAAAUUACACAGCAAUAGAAAUAAAACCCUAUUUAGAACUGUCCAUGUGGCGUCUUGAGACGGUAUACUACCCAGCCUGCAUAAAAACCCUGCAGAGUUACCUUAAAAAGAGAGGAACUCAAGUAAAAAGAAAAGUGAAACCCAGAGUCAGACUGAUUCAGAAAACAAAUUCAGAUUCUGGUGGGUUUCGUGUGAGUUGUUUGGCUACAGGAUUUUACCCUCGUCACAUGAACCUGACUCUGUUAAGAGAUGGACAGCCUGUAUCUGAUCAUGAGAUCACUGGAGGAGAUCUGCUGCCCAAUGGUGACGGGACGUACCAGAUGAGGAAGAGUCUGGAGAUCAGUGCAGAUGAACACAAAUACACCUGCUCUGCCAUACACCUCAGUCUGGACAACAAAAUGGAUGUCACUUUGGAAUUUGAUCCUGGUGAACCAUUUAAAUCAGUGAUUCUCCCAGUGCUGAUAGUUUUGGUUCUGAUGUUGAUGUUUGGGACUGGAGCCGUCAUAUAUAAAUGCAGGAAGAGACGAGCAGUGUCUUCAUCAAACUGUGAUUAUUCUGCUGCUUCUAAAUCUGAAGAAAACAUGGAACCAUCAUCCAGAAGUUAAUGUAAUUUGCAAUUUUUAGAUUGAAUGAAAGAAAUGUGUUCAGAUAACUUAAAAAUGACCUCAAAAACAACUUUUGACCUCAUUAAAGUCUUCCAUCAUUCACUGUUGGUUAAGCCGGGUUCACACUGUAUGAUUUAGUCUUUUACAGCUGUUGCUUGUCAGGCUGUAUGAACAUGAUUCCCGCUGUAAGUCAUUUUACACUGUAGGAUCUCAGUUGUCAUUAAUGUCAGACUCUACGGCAGUUCAAGACGUGUUAAAAACGAAUGCACAAAAGAAGACUCGUCCGAAGUUUUACAUCAUCAGUCCGUGAGGGUUUUGUGAUCUGAGCUGCAUUACAUGCGUGAUUGAAAUGGUGGCUAGCAAAAUCUAGUGUUAAUUUUGAUCAUGGCUUUUCUUGAAAAGAAAACUGAAGAAAAAAAAAUGUGUGUGAAACAAGUGGUGGUUUGUUGUCUCACUAAUUACGACAUCAGGUUCUAGACUGUACUCCUAUUGGUUUUUGAUUUGAUGGUUGUCGUAGGAGGUGUCACACGACAUGACGUGUCUAUGUAACAGUGUUGUUCUGUGUGUCAUAGUUUUAUACUCACGUUACCCUGAGAAAUGUUAUUUUGUGCUUGAUUAAUUUAAAAAGAACUGCUUGCAAUUAGAUCCAGCUCUUUUAUUUUCACCCUUGCUGCGACGACUGCUGACAAUGUUUAUUGUUGUUGUUAUUAUUAUUAUUAUUACAAUAAUCAUUAAAACAUCUCUUAUGAUUUGAAAAAUAAAUAACUGCAUUUAUAAUUUC